CUCGCAGAUGGAGGAGGAAGGAUGGGCUUUGCUCCAUUUCCUGGGGCUGCCGGUCUUCCACUGGGUGGGAGCGGCCCAGGUACACUCCCCAGUGGGGCAUGAGGAUGCUCAGGUGAUGGUCCUCAGCCCCUGCCUGUGGCUGGAGGCUCCCGAGGCUUUGGGUGUUGGUUGGUGUGACUGAGGCAUCUGGGGCGGGGACAGAGCCCGGCAAGGCCCCUCCUCCCAGGCUGCCCCCCUGCCCCCUCCUUGUCUCAGAGCUGCACCCGCAUCGCUAGGCAGGUGGCCUGGGAGCCGGGUUUGCUGAGCGUUUUUUCAGGUUUGCCCAGCUCGGGGCCCAACCAUUUGGCAGGAAACAGGACAGAGGUCACUUGAACUCAGACCACACGUCUCUGUUAAAUACAUCAGCUUUUAAAUCAAUCUUUGUUCAAAGUCCAGUGAGUUCCAAGACUAGCUCUUCAGCAGAGAGAGAAUUCCCCAGGGAACCCAGCGGCUCCUCUUCUCCAGGAUCCAGCACUGAAAUGGCUUCCUCCUUCAAGCCCCGAGAAUGUAACCUGUCUAAACAGGAAGGGCAGAGCUAUGGCUUCUUCCUGCGAAUUGAGAAGGACACUGAUGGCCACCUGGUCCGGGUGGUUGAGAAGGGUAGCCCAGCAGAGAAGGCGGGUCUGCAGGAUGGAGACAGAGUUCUCAGGAUCAAUGGUGUCUUUGUGGACAAGAAAGAGCAUAUGCAGGUUGUGGAUCUGGUCAGAAAGAGUGGGAAUUCAGUGACUUUACUAGUUCUGGAUGGGGAUUCCUAUGAGAAAGCCAUGAAAAAGCAAGUAGAUUUGAAAGAGUUGGGUCAAAGUCAGGAGUCGAGUUUGAAUGAUAAGAAACUACCUUCUGUGAUGAAUGGAGGAGCACAGACUUGGACCCAGCCACGGCUCUGCUACCUGGUGAAGGAGGGGAGUAGCUAUGGCUUCUCUCUGAAAACUGUCCAAGGUAAAAAGGGAGUGUACAUGACUGAUAUAAAACCUCAAGGUGUGGCUAUGAAAGCUGGAGUCCUGGCUGAUGAUCACUUGAUUGAAGUGAAUGGGGAGAAUGUAGAAGAUGCCAGCCAUGAGGAGGUGGUUGAAAAGGUGAAGAAGUCCGGAAGCCGCGUUAUGUUCCUGCUAGUGGACAAGGAAACUGACAAGUACCAUAGUGAGCAGAAGAUAAAAGUCAAGAGAGAAACAGCCAGUUUGAAACUGCUACCCCACCAGCCUCGGAUUGUGGAGAUGAAGAAGGGGAGCAAUGGCUAUGGUUUCUAUUUGAGGGCAGGCCCAGAACAGAAAGGUCAAAUUGUCAAGGACAUAGAUUCCAGAAGUCCAGCAGAAGAGGCUGGCUUGAAGAACAAUGACCUGGUGGUUGCUGUCAAUGGCGAGUGUGUGGAGUCCCUCGAUCAUGACAGUGUGGUGGAAAUGAUUAGAAAGGGUGGAGAUCAGACUUCAUUGUUGGUGGUAGACAAAGAGACGGACAACAUGUAUAAACUGGCUCGUAUUUCUCCUUUUCUCUACUAUCAAAGUCAAGAACUGCCCAAUGGUUCUGUCACGGAGGCCCCUGCUCCUGUUCCUCUGGAGGUCUCCAGUCCAGACACUACAGAGGAAGUGGGAGAUCAUAAACCUAAACUCUGCAGGCUGGUUAAAGGUGAAGAUGGCUAUGGCUUUCACUUAAAUGCGAUUCGGGGUCAGCCAGGCUCGUUCGUCAAAGAGGUACAGAAGGGCGGCCCAGCUGACCUGGCUGGGCUGGAGGAUGAGGACGUCAUCAUUGAAGUGAACGGAGUGAAUGUGCUGGAUGAGCCCUAUGAGAAGGUGGUGGACAGAAUCCAGAGCAGUGGCAAGAAUGUCACGCUCCUAGUCUGUGGAAAGAAGGCCUAUGAUUAUUUCCAGGCUAAGAAAAUCCCUAUUGUUUCCUCUAUGGCUGAUCCACUAGAUGACGCCCCUGAUUCUAAAGAAGGAACGCUGGAGGAAUCGGAGCAUGACUCGCACACGGCAAAAGAACGAGCCAACAGUACAGCCUCUCAUUCUUCUUCCAAUUCUGAAGAUACAGAGAUGUGAUGAGAACAAGUAAUGGCUUUGGCUGAUAACCAUUUCUGGGUAUUUAAUAGGAAUCCUUUCCCAAGGAAUGAGCUGCCACCAGUUUACUUUCUCUGUUAGAAAAGACUCCUCUGGAAACCAGUUCAUCAUAUGUGAUUGUCUUCUGCUGUCAUCCAUCUUAGGGGUGGCUACUGCACAUAGCUUAUUUAUGGUCAGCUUAGGAAAAGUGAAGGCAGGAGCCAGAUGCUUUUCACAUAAUCUCUUUCAAGCUUCAACUUAACUACAUUUCUCUGUAUGAUGUUAUCUCUUCUAUAGGUUCUUAGAGCAUCAAAGACAAUUCAUAAAUCUGUAUAUGUGAGGGCUGCUAAUUAAAGUUUCUGAACAGAUAAGCCUUUUAAAAUUAUGCUUUUGUAAAAGAAUGUUGUUGCUAAAAUAAAUGGCAUUAAAAAUG